AUGCCGCCGAAGAGGAAAGGUGAAGGUUCCAAAAAGGGAGGCAAGAAGGGGAAGAAACAGAGCAAGCCAACGUUCUACACUGGCGAGGAGCACUGCCUUCCAUUUGGGUUUCGGGCAGGAGACCUGAUAAGGACACCCUUGGGCCUGAUUGGGACAAUACUGGGAGUCAAGUUUGCACGUCCAGAUGACAAAGAGACGGGGGUGAUGUGGGUGGAAUACGAGGGGGGAAAGCAAGUUCCUUUGGAACGAGGCGUCGUUGGGUACGAGAGGCUGACAGAAGCAGAGCACAUAUGGAGAGACGUCGUGGUCAUUCGAACGCGCGUCCAAAAGGAGGAAGAAGAGAGGGCGGCAAUUGAGCAAGCCCAGCGGCUGCGUAUGGAAGCCCUGGCUUUAGAGGCGGCGGCAAGCAAGAAGAAACGGAAGUCAACGGCUUCGAGACCGCAGACAGGGCAGAAACUGAAGGGGACAAAAGUCAUCAACCUACUAAGUGGCCACAGAGUUGUUUGUAGCAUUUGAGCCUGCCUGCUCUCUCUGUAUUACCAUCACUUCACCAAGCAGUUUCCUCCACAGAGUAGCUCAACAGUGUUGGAUUGUUCCCGGAUUUCCAUCCAAUUGUCAAAAAGGCCCAGGCGGGCUUCAUUUCCCCCAAUCUCUGGAGCCACAUUCUUAGAAGAUCUAGCAGUUAUCAUGCAAGUUGCUGUUGGCCCCCUUAGUGCUAGGUCGAAUCUCGGGUCAGCAAGCAGUCUCGUCUGGCAACCCAGCCCUCCUACUCCGCAUCCACCUGCAUGCAUCAGAUGCACCCAGCCUCACUCUCUGCGCCCGUUUGAUGGCCCCUCUUCUCAUACUGCGCUCCCGACGCAUUUAGCCAGAACGCGCAUGCCAGGCCAAGUCCAUCAUCUCCCC